GGGCCAAGUGAAUUUAAGUAGGGCUGCGGAGGAAAACCGCAGUCGCCAUCUGAUUCAGGUAGAGACAGAAAGAGAAGCGAGCAAUCAUGAGUUUGACGGAGAAAGACAAGGCUGCGGUCAAGGCGCUAUGGGCCAAGAUCUCCAAGUCAGCUGAUGCUAUUGGGGCUGAUGCUCUGAGCAGGCUGCUGAGCGUUUACCCUCAGACUAAGACUUACUUCGCCCACUGGCCUGACCUGAGCCCCGGUUCUGCCUCCGUGAAGAACCACGGGAAGAAGAUCAUGGGCGGCGUGGCUCUGGCCGUGGCCAAGAUCGAUAACCUGACCGGAGGCUUGCUGGAGCUCAGCGAGCUGCAUGCCUUCAAGCUGAGGGUGGACCCGGCCAACUUCAAGCUCCUGGCCCACUGCCUUCUGGUGGUCAUCUCCACCAUGUUCCCUAACGACUUCACCCCAGAGGCCCAUGUCGCCUUGGAUAAGUUCCUGUUCAACGUGGCCCUGGCUCUGUCAGAGAAAUACCGCUAAGCUGUCCUCAGAGGGGCGCACAGGCUGAUACACACAUGUAACAACAACUCAUGGUGAAAUGUAACAGAAUAACAAUAAACUGCAUGCCGUGAAAA